CCUGGAGAUGAUCCUGCUUGGCCAGUCGUUCGCAUUUAUGGAGAUCAACCAGCGAUACAGGAAAUAUCGGCCGAACGUUGCUUGCAGCAGGAAUGAAAAAGUGUGGUGGCAGUAUGCGUACAAUGCAGUCGUCGGAGAGUACGUCAGGCCUUACUCCUGGAAAUCAAUCAAGAAACACAGGCUGAACUACCGGCAUUACAAGGAGAUGUACGUCAAGCGGCUGCAGGCACCAAAUGAUACGGAAAUUCGGGUCGAUGUGCAAAUGCUGGAAGAUAAGCUGGAUGUUUCAAACAUUCUCAUGGCCAGAGAGGAGGCCAAGCUAGAGCUUCUGCGGGAGGAGCCAAACCGUGCCGUGCCACGCAAGCGUGACCGAGGCUGGUGGGCCUCUUGGUUUGGCAGCACUGAAAGUGAGCCGGUGGAGGAGGUAGACGUGAUUGGGGAGCGAGAGCGCAGCUUCUGGUCCCGUCUCACUCCCGAGGAGAAGGAGAAGCUGUACGAGGCUAUUGAGUAUGCUGAUGCCUCGUCUGAGGUGCCCGAGCACUACAUUGCUCACAAGGUGAAUUUCACACUGGCCAACUGCACGCUGUCUCUGGUGGCUGGCAGUGGCCAUGAGGUGCUGGUGUGCACGCUCAGUCAGUUCCUGAUGAGUUUGGAGACCCGUCCCGGGGCGCACGCUUUCAAAGUGUCAACUCGUGCCGAGGGCUUUGUCAUCGAGGGCGCCUCCAGUGAUCACCAUGACCUGGUCACUGUCUUAUCAGUGGAGAGGUCAGCUACUGAGAUAGCCCCACAGCAUGUGUUUGCUCUGGACUUUGAGCAGAACCCACUGGACAUUAAGGCUGAUUAUGGCAUGAUGGUGUAUGCGGAACCAGUUGAAGUUGUCUACAAUGAACAUUCAUUGUCAGAACUACUGACAUUCUUCAGCGUCCCAAAUGUGUCAGUGUAUGACAUCUACAGCCUUGCUGCGAAGCAGCUAAACACAUUGGCUGCAUGGAGCAAGACAGGUCUGCUUCAUGCACUGACACAUCAAAAGACUUUUCUUUUUAACAUUGAACUCAAGUCGCCAUACUUCGUUGUGCAUGAGUAUGGGUCAUUCCAAAAGAGUGGUAACAUCCUUGUGAUUGACAUGGGGAAGCUGAGCUUCAAGAGCGACCUCCAGAGUGAUUCUCUUCUGCUUGAGGAAGCCACCAGUAUGGAGAUUGAGGAGAAGCUGUACGACCGGUUCAGCAUCUGCCUCUCAGAUGUCCAGCUGCUCUUUGCGGACUCAGGGGACGAGUGGAGGAUGGCUCGUCUGCUUCCCGAGUCGGACAUGCACCUACUGCCCAAGGUCAAGAUGCAAGUUCUUUUCUCAAACAGUGUCAAGCCAGACUAUCAAUUCCUGCCCAGGCACAAGCUGAACGUGUCUGUUUCCAGCCUGAAGCUCAACCUGUCAGACAGGCGACUGAGCCUCCUUGUGGAGUUUGCCCGCCAUUUUCCCCUGCCUCAUUUGUUGAUGUCUGAAGACACCGUCGAUGGCUUCGGCAGGGAACACUGGGAGGAGUUGGUGUGCGAUGCCUUCACGGUUGGUGAGGACACAAAGACCGAACCCACAACUGAGGAAUUGAAGCUCAUCAAGCAGCAUGUCAUUCAGGCUCCUCUCGUUGCUGUGUUGAGCAAGCCAUCACGAUCUUCAACCCAGCUUUCUAUUGCUGGUUCAGACCAGUACUUGUCGGCAUCUGACCACUCGGAUGAGGAAGACUGGGGCCAUGCUUUGGACGUGCCGGGUUUUGAUGACAAUGUGUCGGCCAGCAACACCAUCAACUCGCUGCUGCGUUUUGUGCUGGGCGAGGUGUGCCUGCACUUGGCCCGCUCGAGUGACCAGGCAGACAAACCGUAUCUGAUGCUGCGCUUGGAAAAGCUCUGUGCCGAUGCUGUACUCAUGGAAUAUGGACCUGCAUUCCAGGCCAGCAUUAGUGGCAUCUACCUGGUUGACAAGCUUCACAUUGGCCCUACUGGUGAAUACCUUGAGCUGCUCACGUCUGAAGCGGCUAAGGACAUGAUCUCCAUUCUCUACCGCAAGGUCAAAGCGAGCUGCCCAGAGUUCAAGUCGGACUUUCACCAGGUGGAGCACUCAGCUGUGGUCGACUUCACCUCGGUCAUUAUUACAUUCCAUCGAGAGGCACUGCUCACGCUGGGCCGAUACCUACUCUAUGUGUAUCAAAAGCUUAAUGUCAAAGACCUAGGCUGCACAAAGGUCAUCCCUGAGGUCAAGCGAACCACUGGACUUUUCCUAGGUGACCAAGACCCGCCAGUUCCUCCAGGCUCGACCAAGCUGAAUGUCGUACUUCGUGUCCAUGAGGUCAGGGCUCGACUGUGCGACGUUGAUGUGGAGCUUGCUGACAUCUGUGUCUCUGGGUUUGAUUGUGACUAUGUCCAGAAGGCAAAUGAAAAGGUGAUUGUGCGGGUUGACUUGACACACCUGUCUGUAACUGACCUCAUGGAAACGACACUCUACACCAAGGUUCUGUCCAUUGAAGAUGACAAGCUUUUUGACUUGAAGUACGUCAGGAAAGCUCCACGAGCCAAGUCUGUUGAGGGGAUGGAUGAGGAAAAGCUGAAAGGCCCUGACGGUAGUAUCCGCCUGCACAUAGGCCGAGUGCAGCUGGUGCUGCUUCGCAGGUUUCUUGUAGACCUCCAGAAAUUCUUGGAGCCAUUCCUGCAGUCUGAUUCCAAGUCGCUUGCACUCAAGUCAGCUGAGAAAGUUGUCCAGCAAAAGGUGGCUGACUUUGCGCACAAGUCUGUGAUGCUCCAGCUCUGCAUUGACAUCCAUGCUCCGACUGUGCUGGUGCCCCAGAAGUCCGACUCUCCCAACUUGGUGGUGCUGAGCCUGGGAGACCUGAGCAUUGAGAACUUCUUCAAGGAAAUCUCGCUGGGCCCAAAACCCGACUACGUGGACAAUAUCUUGGUGCGCCUCAGCUCACUGCAUAUGACCAGAGCUAUUAUUUUGCUUGAUGGAAGCACCCAGCCACAGGAGUCAAUCCUGGAGCCUAUGAAGAUGAGCCUUGAUAUCAAGAGAGCACUGACACUGUUCAACAGAAAUGUUAUAGAAUAUGAAAUUCGUGGCACAGUGGACCUAGUCAAGGUCAACAUCGGUCAGAGGGAUCUAAGCACAGUCAUCGCUAUCUUCAAAGAAAACUUGGAAGAAAAAGAAGUCAUUGAGUCUCACAACCAAGUGUCAACCCCGCUGUCUCCACCUCUGAUGGUUUCCCCGGCCCCUGCGGUUGACCCUGUCAAGAAGCUGGAGACUUUCCUGACAAGCUCAGUUGAUGUCUACAAAAAGACAAAUGUCUUUCUUGCCCUGGAAGGGCUGCACCUGGUGCUGUAUACUGAUGCAGAAGAUGCUCAGCUGUCGUCACCUGUGCGGGAUCCCCUACAUGCGCUCUCAAAGCUGGAGCUGGAAGAGGUCACUGCCACCCUGAAUCUGUUCAGUGACCAAUCACUUGAAGUGAAGUGCUCCUUGCAGAGCCUGCUGCUGGAAGACACCCGCAGUGAUUCUACACUUGUUCACACCCGGGUGUUUUGCUCCUGCACUGGAGACCCCGACACAGUGGCUGCUGGCAUCAGCGUCAGUUCUCCUAACGUGGUUGACAUAACAUACAGGGAGACUUCCUCGGGAGAUGCAACCGUGGAUGUGCUGGUGGCAGAGACAUCUCUGCGGGUGUCCGUGCCCUACUUGCUGGCCUUGCUGCACUUUGUGUACGAGGCACUGCCGCUGCACGGCAGUCAGAAGCGGGGUGCAACCAUGAGGCGCUGCCUGCCCUCGAACAACACUAGUGGCUACCACUCAGUCGUCAGUGCGCACAAUGCCACUGUGGGCCUCUCCUGCUCACUGGUCCUCAAGAAACCCGAGAUUGUCUUCUUUGCUGACCCUCGGGACCCAGGCAGCGAGGUCAUCGUCCUCAAGAUGGACAUCAUGGUGGACUACUGCCGCAACCUGGGCCAGCAGAAUAUGACUGCCUCUGUGAUUGACCUGCAUGCCCUGUCAUUCUUCUGGGACCAGAAGAAGAACACCCUGUACACUGUGGCCAAGCCUUUCAGCAUCGAAGUGAACCAGUCAUACAAGCCAAGCAGUGGGGAGCACUCGCUUCUUGCCAAGGCCAGUGAUAUCAGCAUCCACUUGUCCUCACAUGUCAUGUCGAUGGCGACAUCCAUAGUCACCGAGCUUCUGUCUAACUUGAAGGAGGCUUCCCAGGAUGCAUCCUCUACACAGGGUUCGUCUGACCUCUUUGAGCUAUGGUCGCCGAAAGUGGUGAGGCCGCCAGCAUACCAGGAAGAGGAGCAGAUGGGCUGUCGCAAAGCUGCUUAUCCAUCACAUGCUCCAACUGAGUCCCUCCAAAUCAGCCUACCAAAAGUGUCCGUACUCCUGGAGACAGACACAGGGCAAGGGAAAGUGCCCACCUUGUUUUUGCAAGCUUCACUGAAGGCUGACAUACAUGACUGGUCUAGAAAGGUGUACUUGACAGCAGAUAUGAAGCUUGAAGCCCUGUACUACAGUGAAGAACACAGCACUUGGGAGCCACUGAUCGAGCCUGUAAUGGAGUGUGAGAAUAGCUAUCGCCCUUGGGAACUGGUAAUCAAGGUGUUCAAGGAUCACAGUUACACAAUCGCCUCAGCACAAGACCACCGCAGCUCAAACCUGCUUGUUGAUGCUGUUGAUGGGCUGGAUGGAGUGUCAAAUACCGGUUCCUUUGGCAGUGCAAGCACUUCAGAUGAUGCCAGUGAGGAAGAAACUGAGAUGACCGUCAUCCGAAGGCACCCAAUCACACGGGCCAAGAGGGCGCUCAGCCACAGGUCUAAGGAGUCUUCAACACUGGUGGCGGUGGACUCUGAUUCGGAGACUGAUGAGAACGUCCUGCAGAGGAUUGCACAUGCAUUUGGGCACCUCUUCUCGGACCACAGCAGUGACGACGAGCGGAGUGAUAAUGAGGCUGCUGCCGAGCCUAAGUCCGAGUCCGAAGAGACUGAAAUGGCUGACAACGAGCUCUCUACUGCAGAUGACCGGCCAGUAUUUCUUGAGAAAGGUGAUGCUCGGGACGGUGCAGAAGACACCUUGAGCGAGGCUCCUCUUGCAACAUACAUACUUGCUGACUCUCGGGACCAUCUUAACAUCAAUAUCACCUCCACUGCAGCCAGAAUUUUCUUCAAGUUGUGGAAUGAUGUCCAGGAGAGAAAGAUGGUCUGUCCACAACACCGUAAUGUGUCCCAGGAAGCUGUUAUAGUUGACAACUUGCUGGGCCCAGAGUCGCUCCUCUCUGUGCUUGUCAAAGAUGCAGGUGAGCGGUUCGUUGUGUCCCAGCAAGCAUGGGGACAGGCCCCAGCGUUCAGCCCCAGCAGCUCGGGCACCCCUGGCUGUGUCGGGAGACAGUUCUCGUUUGAUCGGCUCAAUGAAGAUGCCAAGGCAGUGGGCACGCCUCUUUCACCAUUUCAGGAAAAACCCUUGUGUGACCUCUACAGGGAGAGAACAAAGGAGAAGCUCUCAUUGGAGGUUCCAGGUUUUGAAAAGUUCCAGUGCUGGAUGCCAACAAAAGCAGGGAGUUCACUGUUUGCCCUUCAUCCAAUGAAAAACAAGAUGCGAUACUUUUUUAUUCUGGAUGUGAAGAUUGCAAAUGGCAUCAAGACCAUCACUGCCCAGUCCCCUCUCAGGCUGGAGAACCACCUUCCGCGGCCAGUACAGUUGCUGUGUGAGAAGUGCAGUUUGGAAGCAGUGGGCGUGCCUACAGAGCGAUAUGCUCAAAACCCAUUCCACGAGACACACCUUCGGCUGGCAACACUUGGCCCUGGGGGUGCCACUUACCAUGUGCCCCUGUUUGUGGCCUACCACUCACGCAUCUUCCUGCAGCCGACAUCCGUCACCAGUGACUGUGCAGGCUAUGAUCCCUCCACGGAUGGUCUCUGGUCCCAGGAAAUUGUGUUUAACAACAAGAGUGCCAAAUUUCUUAGCUGCUGUUCACGGAAUCCCCAAGACAAGCACCUAUUUUGGAUGAAGGUGGUGUGCCGAGAAAGUCAUGAAUCACGCCCAGUGUCCCAAGGCACCCUGCCCAACUGCACACUACUCAUUGUGCCACCCAUUGUGCUUCACAAUGCGCUGCCGUACACCAUAGAACUGCACCUCAAGAACUUGCUUCAGGAAAUCAAGCUUGAUGAAGGUGACUCAGCACCUGUAUUUUCUGUGCCACCGAAUGAAAGUGAAGAAGUCUCCAUAGAGGUGCCGUAUUACCUGGGCUCCUCGUGGAAGGGCUGGGCCGAGCUGUCGGCAAGCUUGGACGAGAGCCGAGUGGUUGGCAUGCAGCCCCAGCAGGCGGAACGCAUGCACCGGCAUCUCAGCAUCACCAUCCACCCAGCCGACAGGGGCAGCCUCGACCUGUCCCUUUAUGCUCCCUACUGGAUUAUCAACAAGACAGGCCUGCCGCUGCAGAUCAGGAGCUCUAGUUCAGACAUAAUCUAUGACUGUAGUGCUUCAUCUGAGGAACCACUGCUGUUCCGGUUCAAGAAACGAAAGCACAAAAAGGUCAAAAUCCGGGUGUACAACUCAAGCUGGUCAUCAUCCUUCUGCCUUGACACUGUGGGCAACAGUGGUGUGGCCAUGUGCAAGGACAAAGAGCGUAACAAGAAGUAUAGGUUCUCUGUGCGGAUUCAGAUGUCAAGCCUGAACCUCUCAAAGAUUGUCACCAUCAGCCCUUUAUUUCUUGUGAUAAACAACACAAAGCAUCAUUUCCGGUUCAUGGAGCAGAACGAGGCUGCUGACCUCUGGUUCGACAUCGGCCCCCACCAGUGCCUCCCGUUCUGGCCAGACAACGACAGCAUGAAGAUGUACCUGCGCCGCAAGGACAGCAGCGUCACCUCCCAGCACUUCCCGUUUGGCAACAACCAGAGCACCGUGCUGCGCAUGGACCAUGGGUCUGCAGUUUGUGUGGAGGUAUCUGGUGGAGUAGAUGGCCCCAUGAAGAUAUCGCUGUUCUCAUACAGCUCUGGAGAUGCACCUGUGCGGGUAGAGAACCUCUGUGAAGACCUAUUUCUCAAGAUUCACCAGAAGGGCUUGGGUCAGGUGACACUGCUGAGUCCAUACCAAUCGGUGUUAUACACCUGGGACGACCCAACUCUAGAAAGAACGCUCAUGUGGAAUAUUUACAACAGGAAAAAGCCAGGAUUCAUUGCAUACAUACAACAGGAUGGUUUCGGCAAAGAAAAAGUUUCAUUUCGAUCGCUUCGCCCUGCAGUCAAGGAAACCAACAAAACAACUAAGAAGGUGUCGACUGACCAGAGCAGCACAGAUGAUGACAGCGAGUCGGAGCAUGGCCCACUGUCCAAGAGGACUCGCAAGGACAUUGUUGUUGUCUACUGGAUCUCAUUCCUUGACCAGAGUCAGAGGGUGCUGCUCUUCACACAGGAUGAGAGAGUCUGGAAAGAUGCUCGAAAAGUGGUGGAUGGUGAGCAGUCGCACCUUGAGCUGUUUGUGUCCCUGCAUGGGGCUGGCAUCUCCUUGGUGAGCAAGUCUCUGGUGGAGCUGGCCUACCUGAGUGUGUGCAGUGCCCCCGCUCAGUGGGAGGUGCGCAUCCAUGAGGCCUGGAAGCCUCUGACCCUGGAGCUGGCUGCCUGGCUCGAGUACCGGUGGUCCUCAAGCAGCAAGGUCGCUGAGCUCAAGGACUAUGUGCAGGUGGACUUUGAGAAGAUGCAGAUGACCAAGCCUUUCUAUGGAUCACUGCAGCGCACUUACCAUCCGGCACUGUGGCUGCAGUACCGACAGUCAGAUCGUCAGGCUCUAGUAUUGGUCAAGAUUCACAGGAUCCAGCUGGACAAUCAGCUGCCUGAUGCAGUCUUCCCCACUGUUUUGCACCGGUCUUUGGCCCCUACAAGACCUCGCUGCUCAGCCCAGCCCAUGCUGGAGGCUGCCUUGCUGCUGCGCUGCACCUGCCAGCUGAACACCAUCAAGUACCUGAAGCUUCUGCUGCAGGAGGUGCACAUCAAACUGGACAAGGGCUUCCUCCUUUCCAUCUACGAUGCCUUAAGCGGGAUGCUGGCUAGACAAGAUGAGAAAAUGAAUCUCAAGUCCGAUAUGAAGUUGAUUUAUGCACCUCUGCACCCUUUUAAGCCAGACCUCGACACUGCACGCACCCAGCGAACUGUGUUUGAAUUUGUCCACCUGUCACCUGUAAAGAUCCACCUGAGCUUCAGCCCGCGAGGCACCGUGUACAAGGCAGCUCCUGAUGGAGUUGGCCUGUCGCAGGACAUCCUGGAUGUCUUCCUCAACUCCAUUGGAGCCACUCUGAGUGAAAUCAAGGAUGUUGAGCUCAGGAUGGCCUUUUUUGAGCAGAAGGGGAGGCUUGUGGCUCCAGGUGACUUGGUGAAUGAGGUCAAGUCUCAUUACAUCUCCCAAGUUGUGCAGCAGUGCUACGUUCUCAUCUUUGGCCUGGAUGUGCUUGGCAAUCCCUACGGUCUUGUGAAGGAUUUCACCAAGGGCUUUGGAGACUUCUUCUAUGAACCCAUUGUGGGAUCUAUUCAGAGCCCAGACGAGUUUGCUGAAGGUCUGUCAAGAGGAGCACAGAGCCUGAUGGGUCACGUUAUUGGAAGCUCUGCUGGUUCCAUCGCCCUGAUCACAGGAUCCCUGGGGCAAGUUCUGGCUGUGCUUUCCUUUGAUGAAGAUUACCAGAACAAACGAAGGCGAAGACUAGAACAACACUCAGGCUCUCUACCAGAGUCGCUUUCAACUGCAGCUAAAGGAUUUUCACUUGGAAUUCUGCUUGGUGUUUCCGGAGUUGUGAUGAGCCCUAUUUCAGGAGCCCAGUCAGAAGGCCUUGAGGGAUUCUUCAAAGGCAUUGGCAAGGGGCUCAUGGGGCUUAUGACUAAGCCUGCUGGUGGAGUUGUUGACAUGUUUACCAUAGCAUUUGAUGGUAUUCGACGGGCUGCUGAAAUGGGCAAAGGUGUCAUGGUGAGGCAGCGGCUACCCAGGUUCAUCAACCCUAAUCUGGGGCUGAGGCCUUUCUCCCAGUAUCAGGCAACUGGGUACCGGCUCCUCCUGCAGCUUAGCAAAGGCCAUUACUCACAGACUGACACCUACUGGGCCCAUGCACCGCUUGGCAGCAAUGACAGGGCCAACAUUGUCAUGAUUACAGACAGGCAUGUGUUUCUCUUGGAAAAAUGUCGACCCUGGGGUGGCUGGACUAUUCAGUGGAGCAUCCGACUGGAGGACGUAGUCUCGGUGCCCUUCAUCUCUGGCAGCAGCCUUGUCAUACGGGUCAGACAGGAUGAAUCCAUAGCAAGUUUCACAGGCAGUGAGCGCUUCCUUGUUUGCCAAGAUCAAGAUUUACUCAAGUGGCUGAAGCUGAAAAUUGAGAAAGCUCUGCUGUUUACCAUGGAAGAAAGGCCCUGCUCUCUUGAUGGCUAAGUCAAUUGAAAUAGCUGUUCAUUUUGUGCUGCUGAACUGUAUGAUUCUAGGCCCUGCCCUAAGACAAAGGCUUGAAAAGCAGCAAGCACUCAAAUACACAUAUGUGCUUGUCCACACAAAGCCAAAAUGAAUUUGUCUGUACUGCUGGUAUAUCAGGUGUUUAAUCAAAAGCUUAAGAACAGUGCAUUAGGGAUGUAAUUUUCAGCAAUCUAGUCAUGGCAUUGGCCAUCAGGAAUUGUGCUCUAUUGAUUUGUAUACUUUGCACACAUCUUUGUGGAAUUGAAACUGGUGAGUGCUGUAGCAAGUUGCACCAGUUUGGAUCUUGCAUGAUAUAUUUUGGUGCUGCACAGCUUUCUGGCAACAUAUUGGGAUGCUUGGCUUGGGAUUACACUAUAGAGGAACAACCAGCUUCAGUUCCACAGUUACGAAGGGUUGCUAAAAUAGUCAACUACUGUAUUUCAGUUUAAGCCCAUCAUCAGUUAUCACCCACUUACUAAUAUCCAAUGCAACAAACUAAUAUUUGUUGCCGAAGAAAUGCCCUCUUUAUCUCUACUGCACUGUUCCAGAGGAUUAGCUCUCACCACAGAAAUCUGCUCUUUUUCAGUGGUUGUUUUAUUUUUAAUAUGAAAAUGUAUUGGCCACAAUCUAUACUGUGAUACAUCAGAUCAGGUUGAGCAAAACGAGAACAAGGUGAAAGCAGGAGUCAAUGUUUCGACAAGUGGACUUGUCUUGACUUAUGUCGCCUUGAAAAAGACAAGUCCACUUGUUGAAACGUUGGCUCCCGCUUUCACCUUGUUCUCGUUUUGCUCAUUGUCUUGAAUUUCCAUCUCCUGCAUUCCCCCUGUUUUCCCUGAAUCAGAUCAGGUUGUAGUUUUAGUGUCUGUGUUUUGAAAAAAAGCUAAGCAGAAGUACUGGGUGCACAGGGUAUUUGAGAACACAACUUUGGAAAACACUCCCAUUACAUCUCUCCAGGCAUUUAUCCUCAACAGCUGCUCUGUCACUUAUCUUGCAUGAUUGUUCAGAGGUAGCCAUUCUGACACAGGGAUGAAAAUAAAUACAGUUGCUCCAAGUUGGUUUAGCCUAGCCAAGGCAACUUGGAGAUUCCACCUCACAAGGUCCUCUGUCCUGAGGGUCAGAAAAAGCGCAUGGCUUUCAAUGGCGACAAGUCACUUGUGGUGAAGCAAUAAGAACACUGAAAGCACACCCUCCUUGUUCCCAUAACUUAAACUCACUAGGCUGCAUCUAGGAUGUCUUUAAAAUUAAAUUGUAGGGUUAAUUGCCAAAACCACUUUCUGAUUAUGAGGCACGCCUUAGUGGGGGACUCCGGAAAUUUGGACCACCUGGGGUUCAUUAACCUGCACCUAAAUCUAAGUGCACAGGUGUUUUCGCAUUUCGCCCUCAUCGAAGUGCCGCUGCCAUGGCCGGGAUUCGAUCCCGUGACCUCGUGCUUAGGAGCCCAACACCAUAGCCACUAAGCAGCCAUGGUGGGUAUAGAAUGUCUUUAUGAGGUAGGCUAGCAAGUGACCACACAAUGUGAAAAAGUGACUGGAAGGUCCUGUUGUGGAAUUCUCAGCAAUGCAGCCAUUUCCAAGCCAAAUUAAAUCAGUGUUUGAGGCUCAAGGUGGUUUCACUCAACAGUCAAGGAAAUUGGGCACAAAUGUACUUAUCUUUUUAUAAAAUAUUAUUGCUUUUUCUAAAGUUGUUGUAAUGUUCUCAAAUUCCUUGCCCACCCUGUAAAUAGUGAUAAAGCUUUCCAACACUUUUUUCAAUUUUUUCAAGCACUGAAGAAAAAAAAAUGCUCAAGUAUAAUCUGUGACUUUACUGAAGCAUACUGCAAUUAAAUAAUAUCAUAACGAUACAGCACAUGUUUUGUUGCUGUGGCUUUCAACUCUUCUAAGUUAGACCAGGCUAAAGAAAAUAGUAUUGUCGACUUAGCUGGAAUUAGUGCCAGCUGCAAUAUGCCUGUGCUAUGUGGGGGAACAUGUUGAUUUUUGAAGCGAAUGAAUGUGUGCUGUAAACAACUUUUUAUGGUUUUUAAGUAGCAUGCAACGUGUUUUCCUGGGCACUAUAUUAAUUAUUCAAAAACAUUACAUUUGAUUGCAAGUGCAAAAUACAGAGCUUACAAGUAAGUUGUUACGGUAUAUCACUAAACAUGCAGAAAAUGAUUCUUCUGCACCCUCUUACCAUAGCUUCUGGUUCUCUUAUUUUUCUGCUAUUUAGGCUUUUGAAGCAAUGGCUAUCCACACAGGAAGCAUUGAGACCUUUCUUAUAUGCAAUCACCUGAUCCAUUUCCCUUUGAAAGUAAGCUGCACUUGUCAGGCACUUGAAGCUAGUACGAGUUUUCGCAUACUCUUAGCACUUCAUGCAAAGAAUGUUUGCACAGGCUACAGGACAGGGAGAAUUUUACGUAAUACCUUAUACAGUAGGACCUCGUUGACACGAUCCUAUUUUGUAUGAUUUACUGCCACCAAUGUUUGCAGUCAAGAACGCAAGAAAUAACUCACUACAGUUACACUUCUUCUUUAUCUUGUGAUAUGUUCACGAAAAACACGAUGCUUUGGCACUAAUAUUCAGUAUAUCAACAAAUUGCAAUCGUAUGAUGCGUUUUCUAGCUGACGCAAGCUGCAAUGAUUCUCACCGAAGUUGUUGCAGGAAGUCAAAGCUUCCUGCGAAAAUUCUCCUCCCGAAGAAGCUGCUGAUUCAGGUUGAAGUCAAGGAGUGCGAAUGUAACCUUGGUGAAGCAGCAAUAGCAGCAUACAUGUUGGGCCGCUUGGUCCCCAUUAGAUCGACAUACAUCGGCGUCUCAUGCUGCAACAAUGCACACAAUGCUUCACAAUAUAUAAAUGUCAACUACAGUCGAAUCUGCUAAAUUUGUUUUGUGAUUUUAGAUUGUACAUUUCCCAGUCUGUUUUUUCUUGUGUUUCUUUUUUCCAAGAACGUACGAACGAGGUUCUGCUGCACACAUUUAGUUCCAAGCACUAAAUGUGAUGCACAGGAGGCACAUUCAAGGAAAUACAUUCCAACUUCUUCAGCUAGGCCACUGACAGAGUUCAAGGAAAGACCAAAGGAACUGCCAUUGACCUCUCAAUGCUGCUUCCGUUCUUACCAGAGAUGGGCUCAUGCUGUGAAUAGAUCGAGACAUUGAAUUAUUGUGCACAUACAAAUUUUUAAUAAUGUAUGAAGGCAGGAGUGAUUAGCAAAUUACAUGAGGAUAACAUUAUAUGCUUUUCUUCCUGUGUUACGACAGAGUUCAGCACCAUAUUUAAAAAAAAGUGAAAAUAAAUGUUCAUGAAAACCCUGAAGGCACACAAA